CAGCGAAGGAGAUCUUUCAACUGCUGAAAAAAAAACAUGGUGUGGGGUUCGAAAAUUUUAUCGAAGAAAAGAUCUGUCCUUUGGCAGGAGAUAUCAUGCAUGAGGACUUUGGACUAGAUAGUGCCCAGCUGAGAGCUUUGUGCAAGGACAUAGACAUCAUCGUUAACGGUGCUGCAACUACGAAUUUCUCUGAAAGAUAUGACGCGGCUUUCGACGUGAAUGUCUUGGGAGCGAAGAACGUCUGCGCAUUCACAAACAAGUGUACUAAGCUCAAGAUGUUACUUCAUGUUUCAACUGCCUACGUAGCUGGUGAACAAGAGGGGUUAAUACCAGAGAAGCCAUUCUUGAUGGGUGAGACACUAAGGGUGGGUACACAUCUAGACAUCGAAUCAGAGAUAAAUCUUAUUAAAGAGGCCAGAAGAGAACUAAGGGCCAACUGUUCCACAGAGAAAGCUGAGAAGAAAACAAUGAAAGAGCUUGGCCUCAAGAGGGCACGACACUUUGGGUGGCCAAACACCUAUGUCUUCACAAAGGCAAUGGGGGAGAUGAUUAUGGGACACCUGCGGGGGCGCUUUCUGGUGGUCAUCAUCCGCCCGAGCAUCAUAACGAGUACACUCAAGGAGCCAUUUCCUGGAUGGAUGGAAGGAAUCAGAACAAUUGACUCGGUGAUGAUCGGCUAUGCCAAGCAGAUCUUGCCAUUCUUCAUCGGCGACCUUGAUUUAAUAAUAGACGUGAUUCCGGGGGACAUUGUGGUGAACGCUAUGAUGGUUGCCAUGGCAGCACAGUUAAAGGAUCAACAACCGCAGACCAUCUACCAUGUAACUUCCUCUUUACGCAACCCAGCACCCUCCGCCCUUGUUGUGGAAUCAAUGCACCGUUACUUCUUCGAAAAUCCGUUGUGCAAAGGAAGGAAUGGCGAGCAUGUCCGGAUGAAGAAGAUGAGGUUCUUCAGCACGCUCGCACAGUUGAGAUUUUACACCGCCCUCGUGUACAAGCUUCCGCUCCAGAUGCUUGGCCUGCUGAACAUUGCCCUUUGUGGUGUUUUCUCACGGUACUACAACAAGCUUGCAUGCCUCUUUGAUGACACAAACUUGGAGAGGCUAAGGAUGGCAAUGAACACGGAUCAAAAUAACAAUGGGUCCUAUUACUUGGACUUUGACCCCAAGUCCGUUGACUGGGACGACUAUUUCUACCGUGUUCACAUCCCCGGUGUGGUCAAGUAUACAUGUCAUUGAGUUAGUGUUUACAAGCGCACUUUGCUAGCCUUGAAAAAUACAAUCAUAAUGUAUAUUUCUUAUGCAACUCAUACAAAUUUAUGUAUUUUAUCAAAAAGUAAAGUGUAUGUAUCAGCUUUAUGUUGUAUC